CUGUGAGAUUUUUAUGCGAGACGUCACGGUAAGCAAGAUUAGGUAUGCAGGCCCCAAACCGGCCCUAAAUCGUAUUCAUCUCGAAUAAUUCUGCAUGUUAACACUUUUUUUAGCGUUCUCUUUGCCGUGGCUUUUCUUACUCGCUUGUCUUUGCCAGUAACUGCGAUGACAAUAUUUCGUGAUCACAACUAUUCUAAAGACGUCAUAUCUAUAAAUAACAGGUAUGUGUAACGUUACAUCCGAGGGGUCACUGGGUAGAAUGUUGGAUUCGAGGAGUGUGUUAGACCCCGUUCGCAUGAGUACCGGGACGAAUUCAAACCGGAAUGAAAAUUGAAAUUAUCAACAUGUUUGCAUGAGAACAGUACGAAAAUCACAAAAUUUUUAAUUUAUUCCCCUUGCCAGGCAAUUUUCUUUUUUAGAUGGCUUUUGGUAGCAUGUGUUGUUCCAAUGUCAAGGUUACAGCCGAGACCGGUCUGAAAUGUAUUUGUGUUUACAUUCAUUCUGGUCUGAAUUCAUGCCGGUCUGAAGUCAGUCGGCUCAGUCCAGCAGGCGGAAUGACUUGAGACCUGUCUGAGUUAUUUUCGUCCCGGUCUCAUGUAAACAUCUUUAACAUAUUUGUAACUUCCUUUUAUAUACUUUUUUUAGAUAAACUUUAUUUUCAUAAUAAAUAAUUACCAUUGUUGUAAAGUAACACGCAAUCCAGUCGUACUCGGCUGCAAUGUGUUUUCUUAUUAAAUCUAUCUAUCCAUCUAUCUAUCUAUCUAUCUAUCUAUCUAUCUAUCUAUCUAUCUAUCUAUCUAUCUAUCUAUCUAUUAUAAAUAGUACUAUGACCGAAACGAAAUGGUCCCGGUUUGACUUCGUUCCAGUCUCAUGUAAACGGGGCCUACUCCAAAAGAUCUCGUACACCUAGAGAAAAAUCUCUAAAAAUUUCAACAAUCCUUAACCAUUACUAAAAGUCCCGAAAAAUCCCAAAUAUUCCCUAAAAAUCCCACUGAUUUUUACACCCCUUGGACUUGCAGUGAUGUCAAGUAAUGAAGUAAAUGUACUUCGUUACUGUACUUGAGUACUAUUUUUGAGAAGUGAGCAUGUAACAAAGUAAACUUUUUCUGCAGUACUUUUACUUGGAACAAAGUCGUUUCAAUAAGUAACGUUUUACUUCGUUAUUUUCAUUUUGUGGCGUAACUUUCUGACUUUUGUUUAAUUUUACGUGAUCUAUCCGGGAUUUAUUUUAAUUUUGGGUAGGUAAUAGGACCUCUACAUGCGUCUAGGAUCUCUCGUUUGUGGCUUACAUUACUUAUAAGCAUUGUUUAUAUUUAAUGGAUUUCUUAUAUCUUCAACGGGGUCUGGAAUGUAGACCAUGGCGCGAAAUAUUUUAUAUUAUAGGUAUAUUAUAGGUGCGCGCAUAUAAUGCGUGUGCUCUUUCGUGUCUUUUGUAUUGGGGAAUCCCUCCGCUCCCAGCACGCUACAGACAAUAGUACAUUUACUUUUUGUUUCAGGUAUUUUUUAAGGAUAGUUUGUAUUUUUUACUUAAGUACGUCUUGUACUUUUUACCCUUACUUAAGUCGUUUUAUUGUUAGUUACUUUUACUCGAGUACAAAUUCAAAAUAAUUUAGGCACCACUGCCUCGGAGUGAUACACCCCUCAGUUCCAUUAUAGACUACCUACUGUAAAACAUCAAAUUUUUCCCAGAAACGUCUACUUGGUGUUCUCGUAUUUCUGGUUUUUCUUGGGACUUCCCAUGGGUUUCUUUUCCGCCAUGUUUCGAAUCUUGAAGACAAUGGCUGUGGGAGCUCUGAUGUUACCAAGAAUUGAUCACAGCUUAAUGCCGGAUGGUUUUCAACGGCUUGAUGGAGGUAACGACCUUUUUUAAGGGAUUAGCUGGAGCAUGGGCCGUGAGCUUUCCAUGGGCCGUGAGCUUGACCGCUGCACCACCGCCCCCCCCCCCACUAAAUUUUUCCACCUCCCCACCAUUUCCACCAAAAUCCGGCCUUGUGAUAUACAAAAGACGGGCUAGACUAAAGCGUAGGUAUCUUAUAUACAUACACUAGAUAGCGCAUCUCUUUUAGUAGUAAAAUUGAAGCCAAGAAUAUUCCAGCGGUUACCCCCAUUUGAAUAGAUGGCGGCCAUGUUGAAUUUUCCCACUCGCUAAUAGACGCUUAAAAAACAGCAAUAACUUUCAUCAUUUGAAUAGUUGGAAAAUGUUAUGGAAUAUAGGUUUAACUUAAUGUUUAAGUUCCCUGUUUAAGAAAUAGAAAACAUACGAGUCUUCUCAUUUCAUGGGAAUAUCCUGAGUCUGCAAUCACGGCUUCAAUUUUUGAAUUGCAGAAUAAUUAGAUGCACUAUCUAGUGUAUAUAAGAUAUCUAUGGACUAAAGACUAUUUCAUGUCAGUGGCCAUGACUUGGUCUAUGCCUUGGGCGUAACACACCAACUGUAAAACUAUAAUUUUACUGUUUUUAAUUAUAGGCUGCUGUCUUUUUGGCUAACGUUAUUAUUUUGUCUUUUUGAAAGGUUUCAAUGCGUACAUCUGUUAUCUUCACGUACAAACAGCUUACAGAAACCCUGUUCUUCGAGUUUUCUGUCAAAUAUUGAGCGAUGAAACACGUAAGUAUUGGCAAUUUAUACAGUAUAGCAAUGUUAAUGGCAAAUCUAUUAGAUUUUCUCACUUUACUAUUAAUAAUUAGGUAUUAUUAAGUAAACUUGUUCAAAUUAACUACGAAUUUCUUCUUUCACAAGUUGUCAAGUGUGGCUAUCGGUACUUCCAGAAAUGGGAAAAAGAGCACGAUAGCAACGAUGGCCGCAAAAGACAUGAAACGCGCAAACGAUAGACUUAUAGGCUAUAGCCGCCAAAGAUUGCCACCCCUAUGGCACUAAUGAACGUUUUUCCUAUGUUCAACUUUAUCUGUCUUUGCAUGCCUGUCAAAAGCAGGCAUUGACAGUACUUUUAAUUCUUACCUUAUUCCAUACUUGUUUCAUAUAUUUUGUUGUAUUUGCUGUAGUUUUCUGCAUAUUUGUAUUAGUAUAUUCUGUAGUGCGAUCUACAUUUUUUGUUUAUACUUUGUUUUGACUAAAUCGGUUUUGUCACGUGAUCGCUUUUAUUUUUGUAUAAAAGCUCAUGUAAUUGUCACUUAUUUACUGAGACCAGACUGAGACCGAGGGAAACAGUGUGUUUUGUGGACCCGAGACCGUUGAUGUUUCCCGAGGCGAAGCCGAGGGAAACAUCGACGGUCGAGGGUCCACAAAACACACUGCUUUCCCGAGGUCUCAGUAAAUAAGUGUUUUAUUAUAGUCCAAGAAACAACAAAUUAAAGAACAAAUGAACGUAAAUACAUGAAAUAUUUUAUUGGUAAAACCAUAUAUUAAACACUGGCUACACUGCAGUUACUUAAAGCGAAAGUUUUAAUUACGUACUAGGCAUGUCCAAAGGUCGCAUCUUCAUGCGAUGGCGCACGUGAUUUUUUUGUUAUUCGCCGGUCGAUAACGUUUUGUUUCCCUCUCGCGUUGUUGCGAGGGAGACAGCCUAAUUUCGUCACUCUCACGUGAUAUGCUCUUAACCAAUAAAACACUAGAAAAAUGCGACUUUGACUAUUGAUAUAUAAUAUUAUAUACACAAGGUCUGGAUAUGAGGUAUUCUGCAAUCUGAUUAGUUCUCUACUAGCAGGAUAUUAGCUCAUAUCCUGCUAGUAGAGAAAAACAAAAUGGCGGCUAAAAUUGAAUUUCUGAUAUUUUGCGAACGAGAAAACGGCAAGUUGUUCGCUUUUUAUAGCCUUUUCAGGAUUAAAAACACAAUGAAAAAACUCCCACAAAUUGUUUACAGGUUAGGAAAUGAAUUUUUAAAAUGGUUAAACUUAAAAUGGUUAAAAAUAUAUAUUUUGGAAAAAAUAAUCGGCCGAAAGAGCGAAGAUAAAAACAUAAACAAAAUAGAAAAAUAUUGAAAAUAUCCGAAAAGCAAAGUCUGUGAAUUCAGACCUUGUGUAUAUAAUAAAACAGUUAUUCCACUCACUCUCGUCGAAUAUCAGCUCAUAUUCGACUCGAGUUCGUAGAAUAACUGUUAAAUAUUCCUGACCCCCGCUACUAACUCCACUCGCUCGAAACGUCGAAAUUCUCCCUAUAUUUUUCAGGUAGUUGCGUCCCUACCAACGAAAGCUUGUUAAUUUUUCUAAAACCUGCGCAUGCGAAGGCGGCGCCAUAUUGUUUUGGUCGUUACACAUUUCGUAUUCGUACUUCCACGGCAUGACGUCAUAACGUUGAAUAUGAUUUUCUUAUAGUCAAGUCUAUGACGUCACGUCGUUGAAUAUUAUGUAAAACUCCCAUAUUUGGUCUGCUAUUGCGUAGACUUCACAGUUGGCUGUUAGACAAUCAGAAACCAUGCAUGAGUCUUUUAAAUAAAUAAUACUUAUUAUUGUAUCGUAGGACACAACAAGGAACGAAAAUGGACAUAUUCAGCUCAAGCUCGUGCCAGAUGGUUCCUUGCCCUUACCUUGGCCCGCAACCCACAACUAGCGUCGAACCGUAAACUUGGUGGUUUUAAAGCAGGAAAAGCACCUCAACCUGAUCAAGGUGGUUGUGUCGAACAUGGCGACGUCAAAAUUGAAGUUGGUCGGUAUGGAUUAAUGCAAGAUAAGUGAAUGAUAUACAGUAGUGCAGUAAAAACCCACAUAAAAGAACCACCAGUUUUAUAUCAGGUUGAAGUUCUUAUAUAAUAGUAGCCUGCGCGCAUUCUCAUGACAUCGAUCAAACGAUGUAAGAGGCUGCGCAACAAUGAAGCAAAGCUUGCCCCAAACUUUUCUAGGUUUUCCGGGAAAAAAAUUUUUGCGAGAAAAUUAAUACGUUGAUUAUGCGGAAACGUUCAUAUGCAUGUCAAUGUCAACAUGGCGCUUCACAGUCAGGAAUGUGGGUUCGACCUCAGUGGGUUCGACGAAGGUUCGACCCUCGACUCACGUAGGUUUUUAGAAACAAUUAACAUGGCUUGCUUUUUGCUACAAGUAGGUAAGGUAAGGUAAAACUUUAUUUAACUACGCUAACCCCUACAGCGAAGGCUGAUUUCCAAGGGGGGCGUAGAUUUAAAUAGUUAAAAAAUACAAUUGAUACAAAUUAUGGUCAUACAUUACAUUACAUUACAGUUAACAACAAUUACAAUACAUUUACAAAUACAACUAGUAUAUAAUUAUUUACAAAUUAAAUUAAUGUUAGUACUGUUCAAUAUUUUAGAUUAACGUAAUUAUUUUAUUAAUUAAUUAAUUAAUUGGCCAGGUGUCGUAUACAUGAAUUAAACGAAGCAAGAGUAUGUUUGUUUCUUGCUUCAUCAGAAAGGCUGUUCCACAAUUUCGCUCCUCUAUAACUAAGACUUUUUUUAAGAUAUUCAGUCUUAGGUUUGGGCAAAAAGAGUUUGGUGGAAGAGCCUCGCAUAUUAUAGUAAUAAGAGGAAGACGUCCUUUGAAAAAUAUUGGUUAGUCGUUUUGGCGCCAGUUCACGAGUUAUUUUAUACAUAAGACUUGCUACGAAAUGUGUUCUGCGUUCACUUAAAGGUUUCCAUUUCAGUUCGUCUAGAGCAAGUUCAGAUUGACCGUGUUCGUUUUUACGACCAGUAAUAACUCUAGCUGCCCUAUUUUGUAGUUUCUCGAGUCGAUCAGAAAGUGUGGCACCAAUGGUGUCCCAAACUUCGCAGCAAUAAUCUAGGUGUGGAAGUAUAAGUGCAUUAUAAGCACAAAUUAAUGUAUUAUGAUCCACACAAGAUUUUAGCUUUCUGAUCGCCCCAAUUCCGGAUGAAAUCUUCUUAGCAAUUUUAUCAAUAUGCUUAUCCCACAAUAGAAACUCGUCAAUAUGAACUCCAAGCGCUUUUGUUUCUUUGACCUUUUUAAUUGGUGUAUCACCAACAAAUACAUUUGGAGCAGCAAGUAAAUUAUUUAUGUUGUACCGAGAUCCUAUUAGUAGAUACUCAGUUUUGACUAGAUUAAGAGAUAAUCUAUUUGCAGAGAUAAUCUAUUUGCAGAAGUGAAUUUUGGCGGGAUGUAUACAUGCGACGGAUCAUGUAGAAAUAUUUGUUUGUCAGUGCGGCAUAUCGGGACAACAAAAUACUCUAAUUUGUGACUCCGUUUCGCGUAAUUGCCAACGACAAUAGGAUCUGUUGCUAAAAGCAACUUGCUUUUGAUAGUAAUGGACCUUUCCCCUUAUAACUAAAAUUUCGAUCUAGACAAAAAUUUCAUUACAGCUUGAAAGAGCAUCACAAAAUUAGUAAUAUUCCAAAGUUUUGUUGCAAAAUCGUGUAAAAUGCGGAUAAUAUAGCCUUGCGAAGUUUGCCGUUUUUCAGUCAUUUUGUAUUACAAACGGGAAAUUGACAUCCGAUUCGGGUGUUGGGGCUGCAAUUUCCCGUUUGUAAUCUAAAAUGACUGAAAAUUGCAAACUUCGCAAGGCUCUAUUUUCCUCAUUUUACAACAUUUCGCAACGAAACUUUGGAAUAUUACUAAUUUUGUGAUGCUCUUUCAAGCUGUGAUGAAAUAUUUGUCUAGACUUGCCUAGAUCAAAAUUUUGGUUAUAAGGGGAAAGGUCCAUUCCCAACAUUCAGACUGGUUGUUCUUAGAAGACCCACUGGUUCUUAAUCCACGGGUUUUUACUGUAUGCUGGGUCUGUUUACUUCUCUUUACUUUUUAUGUAUUUUAUAUUUGAAUAUCGGAAUGGAAAGUCCACUUGAAGACAAAUGGCUAAAUUCUUAUCCUAUUUAAAGGCUAAGGAAAUCUUGACAUUCUGAACAUGUUGAUAUUUUGGUAAACGUGAUACCUUUUCUAUAUUAUAGCAUAAAAUGUGCAACUAGUUUAUCCACUUUUAAUUUCAAGUACGGUGACUCAAUAGAGGUAGCUUAAAUACCUAUAUUUGUUAACAAGCUGGGAGAUCUGUUGCCACCGAAUGGCCCGGCAAAUGAGAUACCUUGCCGAAAAUACCUUAAGUUGUUUCGUUCUUGGGAUAUUUAACAUUUAUACGCAAAUUAUUCUCAAUAUGACGUCAUAUUGUAUGACUUUCUGAAAAAAAUUCAAGAUCUUGCGAUUGUCGUGAAUUGCCUCCU